AUGGAAAUCUCACAGCAAUCCGAUGAACAUGCUGCUGCUGCAGAAGGAACCACCUUUAGCAGAACCUGUUUCAAUGGGGUUAAUAUGUUAUCUGGUGUUGGGAUUUUGUGUGUUCCAUAUGCCCUCUCACAAGGAGGAUGGCUUAGCUUAGGGUUUCUCUUCGUAGUAGCAAUUCUGUGUUGGUACACGGGAUUACUACUACGAAGAUGCAUGGAUUCGGACAACACUAUUAAUUCAUAUCCUGAUAUCGGGGAAAGGGCAUUUGGUUUAAGAGGAAGAGUCUUAGUUUCGGUUCUGACAUAUAUUGAAUUAUACUUAGUGGCUGUUGAGUUUUUAAUAAUUGAGGGGGACAAUUUACAUAAGAUUUUUCCUCAUGCUCUUAGUUUUAAGAUUGGUGCUCUUAGUAUUGGGGGUAAACAAGGGUUUACUAUCCUAAGUGCACUUGUUAUAUUGCCCACUGCAUGGUUUAGGACUCUAGGUGUGUUGGCUUAUGUUUCGGCCACCGGUGUUAUUGCUUCAUUUGCGUUGUUAAUUUGUGUCCUAUGGGUCGGUGUAUUUGAUAACGUCGGUUUUGACGAGAGGGGCGAGCUUUUCAGUUUCAGUGGUCUACCGACUACCGUUACGCUGUUCACAUUCUGCUACUCUGCUCAUGCUGUUUUCCCUACCCUGUAUAAAUCCAUGCAGGAUAAAACUCGGUUUUCUAGCGUUUUAGCGGUCUGCUUUGUAACAAGCACGGUUACUUACGGAUUGAUGGCAAUUUUAGGAUAUUUGAUGUUUGGAGAAAAUUUAGAGUCUCAAAUAACUUUAAAUCUCCCUACAAAAAAGAUCAGCACAAAAAUUGCUGUAUUUUCUACUCUAGUCAACCCCUUCACCAAGUAUGCUCUCAUAAUUACUCCAAUUGUGAAUGCGAUUGAGGACAGAUUUCAUCUCGAUGAUCGACGAAAUCUAAGCAUCGCAAUGAGAACUUCGAUUGUGAUAACCACAAUAGUUGUGGCGAUCACAAUACCGUUCUUUGCCUAUAUAAUGUCAUUCAUUGGAGCUAUUGGUGUUACGGUAUCCCUCGUAUUGCCAUGCCUGUGCUAUUUGAAAAUCAAUAGGGCAGCUAGAAAAUUGGGAUUUGAAAUGGUAGUGAUAGUGGGGAUAUUAAUAUCCGGGGCUUUUGUCGUUGUAAUCGGUAGUUAUACUUCUGUGAAACAAAUUAUAAACCAUCUGUAA